CAACGACACCAGACUGGGCUCAGAGAGGAAGCGGGAGUAAAGAGGUCGUGUUCAUAAAGCACCGCUCUGUCCACCAACAUGCACACGCUGGAAACACCGCAGAUUGAGCCAUCACAGAUUUCUCUGUAUCCUGAUGCAGUGUCAUAUGAAACAGAUACAUACAGCAAGCAUCCAGCUCCUUUUUGUUCCUACUAUGUUGCUGAUCCAGAGCAAUCUACAGAUCAUUACUGGACGGGCUCUGAACAUCACAGCCUGAGCUAUGAGCAUUUCGACGGGGGGCAGUUCACCCAGCUUCAGAAUGUGGCAGUCUCACACUUGCAGAGUUUGUACCCGCAGUUCCCACUGGAGGUUGUCAGCACCCCAGAGCCCUCACUGCCAAACCACAGCACCUGCCCACUGGAGGAGGACUACAACCAGCAGGUUUUCCCCAUGUUGUACCCUUCCUUCCAGACACCCACCGAUUUGUCAAGCCCUUCGAUAUCCGAGGAUGAUGACUAUAACCUCGGCAGCCCCGUGCUGGAGGUUUCUGACAGUGAGUUUGACGAGAAUAUCCCUCCCAGAGAGUCGUCCACGCACGAUGGAGGUGUUCGGAAGAAGGUGCGCCUCUAUCAGUUCCUGCUGGAGCUUCUGAAGAGUGGGGACAUGCGGGACUGCGUCUGGUGGGUGGACCGUGAGAAGGGCACUUUCCAGUUCUCCUCCAAGCACAAGGAGGUGCUGGCUCAUCGCUGGGGAAUGCAGAAGGGCAACCGCAAGAAGAUGACCUACCAGAAGAUGGCGCGGGCCCUGAGGAACUACGGCAAGACUGGCGAGAUCCGCAAGAUCAAGAAGAAGCUCACCUACCAAUUUGAUGGCAUGCUGCUCUCUCAGAAGAAAUCUGAAUGUAAAACCAGCUAUUUGCCGUAAAGUCGGGGGAGGGGGCCCUUUUCCCUUUCCUUUUGGACUCUUCCAUCUUGGACUGUCGAUGUUUAUUAAGACGUGAAGGCUGGGCUUGACACUGCACUUACUUCCUUGUUUUUGCGUUGUGUUUCUGCCUUGGUUUUCAAGAGUGCUGUUGAAUGCCCAUUGCUUGUCAAUGUGAGACAUACCGAGGCUCACAAACUGGACGCUACCUGCUGCUUUCCCAAUAGAGCUGUGCAGCACAUUCUGUUUCUCCAGAAAACCUCUGAAGGCCACUGGUUAUCCAAAAGGAGAUUGCCCCUCAUUUUACCUCCCGCACCUCCCUCCCUCCCCCCCCCUCCUAGGGGGCUCGGGCUGGUUGAGGGAGCCAUUUACAGGAGAACUUUGAAAGGACGUUCAUUACAAACCUCUGUGCUUUGGAGAGAACGCUUUUCCACUGCUUGGGGCAGGGUUGGGGAGAGGGGUUUCCAGGGCCUGGGGACAUAUCCAUAGGAGAAAAUUUAGGAAAAGCUUCACUUCCAUGAGAAUAAAUUCCUGCACAAAAGCAGCCCAGUGGUAGCUCAAUUAAUCAGAAAUGGGCACUGCUGGCUCAGGAUAUUAGGAAAUGCAGAGCUGGGGCCCAAUACAGAUACGGAUCUAUCAUGAUCUCGCUGAUUGGCAGAACAGAGCCUCUGUUUAUACCUUUUGGCCUGUGCUCACCAUCGGCCCUCCAUCAGAAUGAUGGUGCAGGCUUUGGGAGUGUUGGUGGACAAGUUAAAAUGAUCAGAUUCCCCUUGCUUUAGGUUGGAGGACGUCAGCUUCCUGUAUCCCGUUGAUAAAAGGCGCUACCUGCAGGGUUUGUUGUGACUAAGUGCUGCUUAAAGCUGUAGGGCUGGAGGUUCAACUGGGUGGAGGAAUGAUCCUGGAGAGGUUGUGGCGAGCUAAGACCCAAACACACAUGGCCCUUUUGGGAAAUGCAGCCGACUGGGGGCUUUGCUGUGUUCUCCUUUUGUUUUCCUACAUUUUUUCAUGGGAGGAGGCGUAUGUUGGUGAGGCCAGUGUUUAUUUAUUGUCCAUCAGUCAUGACCCUGGAGAAGGUAAUGGUGAGCCAUCUACUUGAGCUGUGGCAAUUCCAUUUGGUUUCAUUACACUGCCAGUGCUGUCAGAGAGGGAGUUCCAGGAUUUUGACCCAGUGACGCUGUAGGAACAUUCCAAGUCGGGAUGGCGUGUGGCUUGGAGGGAUAUUCGCAGGUUUUCAUGUAUCUGCUGCCCUUGUCCAUUUAGACAGUAGAGGUUGUGUGGUCAGCAGGUGCUGCUAGAUGAGCUUUGCUGCAGUGCAUCGUGUGGAUGGUACACUGCGCGUCGGUCUUGCAGGGAGUGGAUGUUUAAGUUGGCAGAUGGGGUACCAAUCCAGCGGGGGCCGAUUCGUCCCAUUGCAGUAUUCUGUUUAUUUUAGAAAGCGUGCUUUUGUUGUAAAUUUUAUGUUAAAGACUCCGUUUUUUUUUUGUUAAGAGGCAGGUUAGGGCCUGCAAGCUGCAGUGAGAAAGUGCAUUUCUCUUUCCCAAAGUGACAUCAAAGGCUGCACCCCACAGAAAGCAUUAAUGGAAUGGCGCCGCGCUUGGGGAAGCAAAAUUUAAUUCCUUGAACACAUUUCAGAAAGUUUAAGAUGUAUCUGUAUAUAUUUUGAAAGCAAAGCAGGCGAAGGUAAGGGAGGGAAGGUGGGGUUGGAGUCGGUAACAGGGGAGGUGGGAUGGGUGGGGGGGGGGGGGAAAGGUGCACGGGGUGCUUGAGAAGAAUCUGUAAAGUGUCCGAGGAGGUACCCGCGCAGUUUCUGGGCUUGGUUUUAUCUUGUGUAGAUUGUGUGCGCUGAAUCGAGUUGUUUUGAAGCCCAAAUAUUUUUGUCUGUUGCUUUUUUAAACACCGUUCAAUGCAUUGGAAAACUAUGUUACACACAUCAGGGAUGUCCAGCCUCCCAGUGUAGCUGAUGUGGUCAUUGUAUGUGUGUGGUGUGUAUGCAUAAUUUUUGAAUGAGUACAUGUGUUUGUGUGGUAUGUGUCUGCGUAUGAAUUGUGUACAUGAGCUUGUGUGUGUGUGCAAUGUAUGUAUGCAUAAUUUGUGAAUGAGUACAUGUGUUUGUGUGGUAUGACCGUGUAUGAGUUGUGUACGUGAGCGUGUGUGUGGUAUGUGUGCGUGUGUGAGUGUCUGGCAGUCCUAUUCUGCCAGUCAAUGCCUGGCGCUACAAUGGUGCUGGGUGCCAGCACAACUGCGGGUACCAUUAUCCCCACAAUUACCCUCAUGUAAAUAAAUGUAAAUAGAAGAAACGUUAGUUGAUACUAACAGACCAGGAUCAGAUGUUGUGGGACGUUUGGCUGUUGAACAGAAUUAAAAGGAAAAUAAAAAUCCUCUAAUUUUCAUAGCA